AUGGUCGCAUCCCACUCAACGGAGCUGUCUCUUGAUUCGGACAGACCUUUGAAGCGUGCUCGCGUAGACAAUGUCGACAAAUCCGCUGGUGUCGCGGACCAGGUCCCUUCCCCGGAUGCAGCAAAGGACGCACACCUAGAAGAGGACUUGUCAGAUGAAGAAACGGACCGGGUGGAGGAUACCAAUACGGCUGCGCAAGGGUCUGACUUAUACCUCGACACAAUCAAUCGGGCCCUCCUCGAUUUCGACUUCGAGAAAGUAUGCUCAGUCUGUUCAUCCAAUAUCAAUAUCUAUGGCUGUCUAGUCUGUGGAAAGUACUUCCAAGGCAGAGGCCGUAACUCGUACGCGUAUGCCCACUCAAUCCACGAUGACCACCACGUCUUCAUCAAUCUCGAAACAACUCAGGUGUACGUCCUACCAGAUGGUUAUCUAGUGUCUGACCCGUCACUCGAAGAUAUUUCAUACGUCCUUUCCCCUUCAUUUUCUCCGUCCUCUGUCAGCACUCUAUCAACACCCGCCCAUCUGUCAAAACCGUCUUACGAUCUCGCAUCGAACCCGUACCUUCCGGGAUACAUAGGACUCAACAACAUCAAGAGGAACGACUACAUGAACGUCAUAAUUCACUCGCUUCUCCACGUACCGCCUUUGCGAGAUCAUCUCCUACUCUCAGAUCUCAGUGGAAAACACCCCGAGUUAUUGAGGCGCUUUGCAACCAUAUCCAAGAAAAUUUGGAACCCCAGACUAUUCAAAAGCCAGGUCAGCCCACAUGAGUUCCUACAGGAAGUAGGGAGAGCCAGCGGCGGAAAAUUUCGGAUGGAGAGCCAGGGUGAUCCAGUCGAAUUCCUUGGUUGGUUGUUAAACCACUUACACAAAGAUAUGGGCGGGACAAAAAAGAAGAAUUCCAGUAUCAUAUUCUCCACUUUCCAGGGAGAGGUACGGAUGGAGACACAGCAAGUUCUUGUCCGCCCAGAUGCCGCUGGGAAUGAGAAGCCACGGUUCGACAUUGACCGGGAAAUCAAAAUCAAUGCAUCGCCUUUCCUCUUUUUGGCCCUCGACUUACCACCGCCCCCACUUUUUCAAGAUGCAGUCGAGAAAAAUAUCAUACCUCAAGUCGGUAUCCACGCAGUGUUGGCGAAGUAUGAUGGAACCACAACCCAGGAAUCGAGGGGUCAGUUGCGCCGUUUCAAGUGCCGGGAGUUACCGAGCUACAUCAUUCUGCACUACAAACGCUUCACAAAAAAUAAUUUUGUGGAGGAAAAAAAUCCUACAAUCGUGAAUUUCCCUCUGAGAGGGGUUGACUUUUCCGAUUAUGUAGACGCACCGGCAUCUCAACCACCGACCGUAUAUGAUCUCAUCGCCAACGUCACGCAUGAGUCAGUCGCUGGCACCAUGAGAGACAAACAGAACACAGUAUGGAAGGUGCAACUUCGGGCAGGUUCUGGCGGAGGCGGCAAUGAGAAAUGGCUCCAAAUACAGGACCUCAUUGUCGAGGAGAUCAGAAAGGAGAUGAUAUUCUUAGGAGAAACAGUUUUGCAGAUUUGGGAACGUAGGGCUCCCCCACGUGGGUCUACAAAACUUAUGGAUGUAGAUAGCCAGCCCUAG